AGGGCAUUUAAGAGCCAACCACAUUGCUGUGGGUCUGGAGUCACAAGUAGGCCAGACCAGAUUUCCGGCAUCCGCAGUGUUUUACCUUUAUCAGGUAAGGCAAGCAGAACUCCUUCCAUAAAGGACGUUAGUGAAUCAGAUGGGUAGUGAGCCAUGAAACCAUUACCGUGACUUUGUUGAAAUGGGGAAAGGUUACAGGGAGUGGAUUUCCAGACAGGAAAUCAAAUCAAACAUCACACCCUGAUCUGACAGUUAGUCAAUUCAUCAGAACCUGAAUUUCAUCGGCUUUUGAAUGGAAGGAAUAAUGUUUGUCUGUUCUGUCUGUGGGAAAAGAUUUCAAGCAUCAGUGUGACUGGAAAAGCCCUGAGACACACACACCCAAGUGAGAGUGUCCCAGUGCACUGACUGUGGAAAGACCAGUUACCCAGCCUGAAAAAACAUCACACCAUUCACAGUGCGAUAAACUGUUGUGUGUGUGGACAAGGCUUCAACUGAUCAUCCAACCUAGCAAGACACAAGGACACCAACACUAUGGAGAAUGUGUGGACUGUGGGAAAGGAUUUAGUUACGUGCCUGACUUGAAAUUCAUUAGCACACUCAUACUGCAGAGACCGUUUAUCCUAUCUGCCGAGACAUCAGCAUAUUCACUCUGAUGUGAGAACUUUUAAAUGUCCCAACUGUGAGACGAACUUUAACAGUAGCCGUGAUCUGCAGGAAAACCAAUGCAGUCACACUGGGGAGAGGCCAUUCAUCUGCUCCGUGUGUGGGAGGGAGUACACUGGGUCAUUCAUCCUACUGCAGCAUCAGCAAGUUUUACACAGCACCGUUCACCUGCCCUGUGUGUGGGAAGGAUACGCUCAGUCAUCUCAUCUCUGAGACACCAAGUAGAUCACAAGUGACUGCAAAGGUUUUACAGAGGAUUAGAAGAAGAGAAUUUAUGGAGAGGAAGGUAUCUGCUGAACUGACAGUGUCACUCAGUUCAUCAGGACCUGGAUAGCAUUGGCAUUUCAAUGUGCAAGGAGGAAUGCUUGUCUGUUUUAUCUAUGGGAAAACAUUUCAAACUUCAGUCUGACUGGAAAAAUACUGAGACACACACACUUGAGUGAGUGUGUUGCAGUGAACUGAAUGUAGAAAGAGCUUUAACCAGUUACACAGCCUGAAAAAAACAUCACACCAUUCACAGUGGGGAGAAACUGUACACGUGUUCUGUGUGUGGAUGAGGCUUCAACUGAUCAUCCAACCUGGAGAGAGACAAGGACACAUGCACCAUGGAGAAACCGUGGAAAUGUGGGGACUGUGGGAAGGGAUUCAGUUACCCUUCUGAGCUGGAGAUUCAUCGACGCAGUCACACCGGGGAGAGGCCAUUUACCUGCUCAGGGUGUGGGAAGGGAUUCACUCGACUAACCCACCUCACUGCACACCAACUUGUUCACUCUGACAUGAGACAUUUUAAAUGUUCCAACUGUGAGAAGAGCUUUAAAACAAAACAAAAUCUGCUGACUCACCAGCGAGUUCAUACUGGAGAAAGGCCGUUCACUUGUGCUGAGUGUGGGAAGGGAUUCACUCAGUUAUCCAGCCUUCUGACACACCAGCGAGUUCACACUGGGGAGAAACCAUUUACCUGCCCUGAGUGUGGGAAGGGAUUCGCUCAGUCAUCCAGCCUUUUGACACACCAGCGAAUUCACACUGGGGAGAAACCAUUCACCUGCCCUGAAUGUGGGAUGGCAUUCACUCAGUUAUGCAAACUGUUGGAUCACCAGCGAGUUCACACCGGUGAGAGACCAUUCACCUGCUUCGUAUGUGGGAAGGGUUUUGCUCAGUCAUCCACCUUGCUGAGACACCAACACAUUCACACCGGGGUGAGACCGUUCAGCUGCUCUGAGUGUGGGAAGGGAUUUACUCAGCUCUCCCACCUCACUUCACACCAACGUGUUCACUAUGAAAUGAGACCUUUUAAAUGUUUCGACUGUGAGAAGAGCUUUAAAGGUAAAAUGGAUCUGCUGACUCACCAGCGUACUCACACUGGAGAGAGGCCGUACACCUGCUCUGUGUGUGGGAAGGGAUUCACUCAGCACUCCCUCCGGCUGAAACACCAGCGAGUUCACACUGGAGAGAAACCAUUCAUCUGCUCCAUGUGUGGGAAGGGAUUCACUCGUUCAUUCACCCUGCAGACACACCAGCGAGUUCACAAGUUGCAGGAGUUGGAUUCUGCAGUUAUUGCUGCUGUUAAUCACAACCAGGAUUGAACCAUGUUCAUUCUGAAAGUUGGAGUUUGUUUCAGUUAAAGUUAAUAAUCCCUGUAACUGGGCUGGAGUUUAGUAUU